AUGUCUAAGAAUGGCUUCACGGCAUAUGAUAUUACGAUUGGUCAAGAAGUCCAUUGCCCAAAUCAACUUAGAACCAUGGAAAAAACAAUUGAAAAUUCUAAAAAGCUCUGGACGUGCGCCAAGAAGCCUUUCAUGAACGUGGAAAAAUUGGCUACUGAAUCAGCAAAGUUGGCCAUUCGUGAUCAAAUAAAUUUGAAAUUCUGCAAAGAGUUAUUUGCCUUUGAAGCAGAAAAAACCGCAAUACUCCAAGAAGGCGAAGAAUUACCACAUCAUAUGGAUCAAGAAAUUCCUCAAAAAUUGGUGGAUAUGGAAGAAAAUCAACCAAAAAAAAUGUUCAAUCAAUUUUUGGAUUUGAAAGGUUUUGACAUGGUCAUGGAUACACCUGUCGAAAUAUUACACGGUCUUCUGCUUGGACCUGUCAAAUAUUUGUUUCAAGAUUUCAUGAAGGGCUUGGAUGAAGAUCAACAAAAAGAACUGCUGGCUUUAUGGAAUUCUUUCAACACAGACUCUCUCAAUAUCCCUUCAAUCAGACCAACAAGUAUGGUACAAUAUUCUUCAAGCUUGAUUGGUAAAGACUUCAGAAUAAUUCUUCAAGCCGCUCCCUUCAUCUUUUUCCAAUUCAUGACUCCAUCCGACAUCAACAUCUGGUCUUCUCUCUGUCAUCUUGGCUCUUUGAUCUUCCAAACUCACAUUGAAGAUAUGGAAACAUAUAUUUCUGAUUUGAGUAACCACAUUGACAUAUUCCUAAAUCAUGUGCUUCAAGACACUGCUCAAUGGGUCAAUAAAGCCAAAUUCCAUAUGUUACUUCAUCUUCCAGAAUCUAUCCUUCGAUUUGGGCCUGCUUCCCUUUUUGCUACUGAAAAAUUUGAAAGCUAUAAUGCAAUUAUCACUCUUUCCGUCAAAUAA